CUUUCUUGUAUAUUUAUAUAUUUAUUCCAUCUUUUAUAUAUUCAUUCUUGUCACUCUUUUUAUUUUAUUUUUAUUUUUUUUUACUUUUCCUUAGUAUAAAUAUUCUUUGGCAAGUUUAUUUAUUUUGUCAUUGUUUUAGUUUUUAUUAUUAUUAUUAUUGUACCAUUACUUCAAACGCGCUAUUUAUUAUAGUCUCAUCAUGCAAGGCAAUAUUAAAGUAGUGGUACGUUGUCGUCCUUUGAAUGCAAGAGAAUUGGCGCGUGGUGCUACAUGCUUAGUGAAAAUGGAAGGGAAUCAAACUAUUUUACAAAAUCCAAAAGUAAAUGAUGAUAUCAAAGCGUUUACUUUCGAUCGAUCUUACUGGUCUGCUGGUAACAAGACAGAUAGUGAUUAUGCCGAUCAAGAAACAGUUUACAAUGAUGUUGGCCGAGAAUGGUUGGAUCAUGCUUUUGCUGGUUACAAUUGCUGCAUAUUUGCAUAUGGACAAACUGGUUCUGGAAAAUCAUUCUCUAUGAUGGGUUAUGGUCCUGAUAAAGGUAUUAUUCCUCGUACUUGCUCUGAUUUGUUUGAUAGGAUACAUCAUCUCUCUAGUACUCAACAAAAUUUUCAAGUGGAAGUAUCUUAUAUUGAAAUCUACAAUGAACGUGUACGUGAUCUCCUAAAUCCUCGUACCAAACAUCUUAAAGUACGUGAACAUCCUAUUCUUGGUCCUUACGUAGAAGAUCUUUCAAGACUGGUGGUGAAAUCCUUUGAUGAUAUUGAACAUCUAAUGGAUGAAGGCAACAAGGCAAGAACGGUGGCAGCUACUAAUAUGAAUGAAACUUCUUCUCGAUCUCAUGCUGUAUUUACAAUUAUAUUGACUCAAAAAUCUAUGGAUGAAAAAACCAAUCAAUCAACUGAAAAAGUAUCAAGAUUCAGUCUAGUGGAUUUGGCUGGUAGUGAACGUGCCAAUAGUACUGGUGCAUCUGGUAUGCGUUUGAAGGAAGGUGCUAAUAUCAAUCGAUCUCUUACAACACUGGGAAAAGUCAUUGCUGGUCUUGCGGAACAAACAAAUACAACAUCAACAACAAAUUCAAAAUCCAACAAGAAAAAAGAUUCUUUUAUUCCUUAUCGAGAUUCUGUGCUCACUUGGCUACUGAAGGAUUCUCUAGGUGGUAAUUCAAAAACUGCAAUGAUAGCGGCCAUUUCACCAGCAGACUUUGAUGAAACUCUCAGUACCUUACGUUAUGCUGAUCAAGCCAAGAAGAUUAAGACCAAGGCAGUUGUCAAUGAAGAUCCAAAUGUUCGAUUAAUCCGUGAAUUGAAAACAGAAAUUCAAACUUUGAAACAAUCCUUAUUGGCCUAUGUACCUCAUCCAGAACAAUUAGAAUACCAACAGCACGAACAACAAGAACAACAACAACAAUUGGUAGAUCAAACUGGAAAGGAGAGAAUAACAAGUGGAAGUGUAACUCAAAUUUUACCUUCAAGAUCUAUUGUGAUUACUGACGCUUUUGGAAAUGCUACGGAACUAACAAAACGUGAAGUGGUGGAACAAUUGAAAUCUUCUCAAAAGUUACUAGGCGAUAUUGAUCAGUCAUGGGAAGAGCGAUUGGAAACUACUAUACAAAUUCAACAAGAACGGGAACGCGCUUUGGUGGAAUUAGGAAUCACGGUGGCCAAGAACGAGAUGGGUGUGUAUACUCCGAAAAAUACUCCUCAUCUAGUCAACCUCAAUGAAGAUCCUCUUAUGUCUGAAUGUCUGGUAUAUCAAAUCAAACCUGGAACAACUUUAGUGGGACGUAGAGCUGAUGAUGACAAUGAUGACGACAAUGAAGAUAAUGAUCAAGUAAAGAAUAAGAAACAGUAUAUUCGGCUUAGUGGAUCAAACAUUCUUGAAAAUCAUUGUCGAUUUGAAAACGUGGAUCAAGUGGUGACUAUCUAUCCAAACGAACUCUCAGUAACUAUGGUUAACGGUAUUCAUAUUAGCGAACCCAAGCAGCUCAAAAGCGGUUAUCGUAUUAUUCUUGGUGACUAUCAUGUAUUCCGAUUCAAUCAUCCAGAAGAAGCAAGACGUGAACGUGAAGAAAGACAGCAAUCACAAGAAAAAGGCACUCAUUCUAUUAUUGAGGAAACGACCAUGAAUGACAACAUCUCAACCGAUAUGGGUUUUUCAUCUGCAGCAACAAUAUCAACAACUGAUGAGGCAGAUUGGUUAUACGCAAGAAAAGAGGCUGUCAUGCAUUAUUUUCAACAACAACAACAACAGAUUGCUAACAAUAAUAAUCCAACUGAAGGGCCAUUAUCUCCAACAUAUACAACAAGUUUUGAAAAUUUAACAAACGAAGAAUUGGAAAAAUUAUUCGAUGAAGUGACCAAAUUACGAAGGAUACGAAAACGACAAUCUUCACAUAGUGGUAGCGGUUUGUCACAGCCUAUGUCUCCUUGCUCUUCUACUUCAUCCUUCUCCUUCCGACACAGUGCUACUCCUUCUACAGUCUCAACUAUUUUGUAUGAAAAUGGUGGCUAUUAUGGAUCAUCAUCAUCAGCAGCUGACGAUACCGAAUCUAUGGUGGACAGGGAAAUCAUUCGCUUGGCAAGAGAAGAACUACAACAACAAUUGGACGAACAAAAAAUCAAAUACGAGAAACGAAUCCAACGGCUCUCAUGUUUAUACCCAGUGGCAACAGACUCAUUAUCCACAUCUACUGUUGCAUCCUUAUUACCACCACUAUCACCAUUAUCACCAUGUACAGGUUAUUCCGACGAUGCAAGGAUUAUAUUAUCAAGAUGCUUAAAACACUGGCAAAAUCAGAGGUAUAUUCAUAUGGCAGAAACUUUACUGGUGAAUGGGGCAACAUUAUAUGAGGCGAAUGCUUUGGCGCGACAACUCGAUAAAAAAGUUGUAUAUCAGCUUACCAUUAUUCACAACACCAAUGUGGCAGGAUCCAACUGGGAAGAAGAUGAUCAGGCUACAAGAUUCGACAGGACGUUAUUAACAUCAAGAAAGCCUUGUAUUGGUGUACGCGUUAUUGAUUCUAAACAUCAAUGUACCUAUCUAUGGUCCUUGGAUAGAUUGAAAACUCGAUUACGAUAUAUGCAAGGGAUAUUGUUUACGACUGACGAGACUCAUCAUCUUAUGACAGGAAAACGAAACAAUCAAUUCAGUACCAAUGAUGAUGACAAUAAUGAUGAUGAUGAUGAUGAUGAUCUUUUUUAUGACAGCCAUCCUCCUCGAUUUGCAUUGAUCGGUACAGCAAAGAUGCGACUCCGUCAUUUGGCUCUUCACGUACCUAUGGAACAAACAUUGGAUGUAUUUUGUCAACGGACAUGUCGUGUGAUGGGAAAGCUGACAGUAUUGAUUGCACCUAUUGCUAGGUCAAAGGAACGACAUCACUAUCAUCAUAGCAAUGUCUCUGGGGAUAACAACAGCGACAACAAUAGCAAUUCACCAACGCCAACAACAUCUAGUGUUAUUACAGACGGUACAUCAAUUAUAGGUGACAACAACACUAUCAAACAACGAUCAUCCUACGACGCAUUACAAGUUGGUCAACGUCUUGUCUUUGAAAUUCGUAUUGGGACUCUUUCUGGUAUUAAUGAAAAUGAAUUUAAGCAAAUCCAUUCACAGUUCCAACUCAAGUUAUUUGGUGGUGAUCAAAACGAUCAAAUUUAUGCAACAUCAACAACGACAGCACCAUCAUCAUCUUCUUCUUCUUCUAGUCAAGGAUAUUCUACUAUUAAUUUUGAUUAUAGCAAAGCCUUCUCUAUGGUGGUGACUGAAGAAAUGCUAAUGGCUAUUCACCAUGAUGAAUUAACCUUUGAAGUCUAUGGGGAACCUCAACCUGCCUAUCUCAAUACUUUCCAAGAUGAACCUUGUGCAAGUCAAGAAUUACCCUCUGUGGAAACGAAACACAAUAUUUAUACAUGGAUUGAAAUCCGUGAGCUAGCUCGUGUUUCUGGUGAAUACACUCCCGUCCAAGUCAAGAACAAAAGAACAGGAUCAAGAUUAGAUGACGAUGAAGAUGAAGCAAUCAUGACAACAAACAUGACAACUCCGUUCUCUCAAUUAAGGAAACGAAAUGAUCAAGGUAUAUUUUUGUUGAAACAAGGACAACAAAGACGCAUUGUAUUGACUAUCAAGCACGACUGGAUCUUACCUAACAAGAAUACUACCCUUGAUGGUGAUGAAGAAAACGAGCACGAUAGAAAGUGUGGGGAUGGAUUAGUCCUGUGGAUUGGUGAUAUUCGUUUACGACAAGACAACACAACCCUCGAUGAUAAUACACCUUCUGUCAGCAAAUCAAUUACGUCUUCUUCUUGCCAAGAUCUUUCCAUUCCUCUCGUUGUAAUCAACAAAGCAAAAGAUUGUCUGGUACUGGAGGGAGCAUGGGAUAGCUCAAUGCACAAUUCAUUGUUAUUGAAUCGACUGACUGAACCUGGUCAAACAGUGGACCUCACGAUCAAAUGGGUUUUCCAUGGUGCUGCUUUCCAAAUGGAUCUCGCUGUGCAAAUCACUGGUGACGCUCUAUCCAACCAAGGACUUGUCAAACGGCAAUCAUUACUUCGGAAUCUAUUUACUUCAUCCAACAGAAAACGACGAUCAGGAGGUGACGCUGAUGAUGAUAUAGGCGAAGAGGAUGAUGAAAGUGAUAUGACAAGAGACGGAACAAAUGAAUCAUCAAAAAUAACACAACGCUAUGGAAAGAAAAAAACAUCAGUAGUGGGUAUCUACCGUGUGUGGGAACGACCAAGAAGACUCUCAUCUUUCCACGUACAACAAGAAAUCGAUAGCGAUCAUCAUACAUGGCAACAACAUCAAAUGACGAAAAUCAAGGUUUAUGACCAGGCACGACGUAGAAUGUUGAUGAAAUUAGAUGUGGCUCAUACCAGGUAUACUCUUGCUUUGUUGGACCUUUUACGAAAACGAGACGCAUCAUUAGGUUCAGCAACACCAUGGAAAAAAGAAGAUCAAACCAAUUCAAUAGGUACUUCACAGCAAUCUUCAAGUACUACUACUCAGGAUCAACUUUUACACCAUAUUAUCAAUCAGUGGAACUCAGAAACGAAACAAGAACAAACAACUGGUUUGGAGUUGAUUCAUAAGUUUGGUUCUACUGAUCAUUUGACCUCAGCGAAAGAAAUGAAUGAUCCUAUUCCUCUCUAUGAUAUUCAUCAAAUUACUCUAAGCGAUGGUUGCCCAUCUGGAAAAAAUGGAAUUUUGAUGUUACAACAUUAUGGCUAUAUGAAGAUGCGAAAAUUAGAUGACAACAAUGCAAAGUGGGCUCGACGAUGGAUAUUAUUGAAAAGACCUUAUGUAUUAGUGUACGCUAACGAUUACGAAACAAAUGAAUUAGAUAUCUUAAAUAUACAAGCUGUCCGUGUUAAUCCUCCUACAAAGGAUCUUGUGAAUACCUUUACUGUUUAUACCAAAAUCAGCACAUAUCAAUUUCAAACGAAAGAUCAAGAAGAAAUGAAGGAAUGGGUGGCUUCGAUGAUUUAGAUAGAUCUUUUUUUUUCUUUUUUCUUUUUCUUUUUCUUUUUUGUUAUUUAUUUGUUUAUAGUCUAUAUUAUAAAUAUAUAUAUAUAUAUAUAUAUACUUGUUACUACC